GGGCGCCCUCUGGCGUGUGGCAGUUUUUAAUGUAACGCGAGAAGCAGGAAGUGGCCAAGCUCCCUUAAAACGGCUCUGGCAUAAACAACAACACAGGGGGCAGCAAGAUGGUGUACGUGUCUAAUGGUCAAGUCCUGGACAGCAGGACCCAGUCGCCAUGGAGAUUAUCUUUCCUAAGCGACCUCUUCUGGGGUGUAGUGGAGUUUAUUGGCCUGUUCUUGAAGACGCUUGUCCAGCCAGAUUUGCCCAAAGAUGACAACUCCAGUGCAUCGUCACGCUUCAGCGAUGGCAGAGGGCCUCCUGGUUUUCCUGGACGGAGACGCAUGGGCAGAAUAAACCACGGUGCAGGCCCCAGUCCUCCUCCAAUGGGUGGUGGAGGAUGAGGAAGGUGA